AUGGCUGUCCAGAGGCUCAAAGAGGAUAUCGCCUCCUUCCUCGCCGACCGGAAGAUGAUGGAAGGCAUGCUGACAAAAGGCGUCGUGACCCACGCUGACGCGGCCGCCCUGGUACUGCGCAUUCUCGGACACGAGGACGCGCAGGGCCCCCUUUCCAAGAGGGGCAUGCGAGAAGCCAUCCGCAAGUACGCGGUGGCUCUCGCCGCCUCUCGAGAUGAUGCCCACAACCUCCGCAUGGAGGCAGGGGCCUUCGAGGUCGACCUCUUCCCCAGUGUCUUGAGCGAGUUCGCGAAGGUCCACCUGUCGGAGCAGGACAUGGACGACGUAUACAACAUGGCAAAGCCGCCGCCGCGGAAGCCAGCGAAGGACGUGCCAGCAGCCCACGGCGUUCUUGCGAUGGCCGACGGCAGUCCCGCGGCAGCGGGCCCUGCACCUUGCAUCGCUUACAUGCAGGCCGACCAGGACGCGCUGGCAGUUCGCUUGGAGACACGGGACGAGGAAGUGGAGGCCCUCAAAGCAGAACUCAAGAAGACACAACGGAGCAGGGCUUUUUUCAUUCAGAAGGCAGAGCGGCUCGAAGUGCAGCUCUACGAUGCCAAUCAGCACAUCGCCGCCUUGACCGCCGCCAUCAACUUUCGGCCAGGGCGCCACGUGACGUUGCACGGGGGGUAUACCCUCGCCGUCAGGAGAAACGUUGGCCACGCCAGCACAAUGGCAACACUGGCGAUGAUGACGGGAGAUGGACCAGGGAGCAUCAAGGACCCGAACACAGUCGUUAGCUACGAGCAUCGCGCGGCUGCCGCGAAGGUCGUCCGCUCGGCGGCGUUCUACGACGACGCAAUCGGCGACCUGACUGACCAACUCGAGGUCCACUUGCUGAAGUGCGACGGGACCAAUGCGGAGCUCAUCCAGAGGAAGAAAGUGCAUGUGUCCACGGUGCACAGCUCCUUGCGCUGCCUCUCGCACGCGGUCUCCCUCAAUGCUGGGGGCCCCACGCCAGAAAGCGUCGCUGACGCUGUGGAGAGCCAAUGCAUCACGGGCGACCUCCUGGCAAUCGAGAAGGAUGAUGGCCCCGAGACGCACGCUUUCAUGCUGACCCAUCUCAAGUCCGUCCACUGCCCCACGUGGAGAGAGCGCGCGGCGGCGCCUCCCGAGAACCCUUUCUUUGCUUCCGUGUACAUCUUCGGGGUGGACGCGGGCCCAGGGAACUUGGGCGCCCUGAAGAGGAUCCCGGAAGAUCUACGGGGUGCUCCCGACCGCGUCAUGUUUUCUGCGGUGUUCUGCUUCAUGCAUCAGCUGCACCUGAUAGUGAAGGACUUGCUGGACCGCACGGAGGGUUUCGACUGGGGGCCGCUGAAAGAAGGCAAGCGGUACUGGGGCACGGUUGCGACCGUCGCCAACGUCUGGCGAUCGUGCGGGGCACCGACGCGCAUCCACCAGGCUGCCGUGGACAUUCCUGGCGGCGGCAUUCAUGUCGCGCACGAGUUCUUCGGGAAGAUACCAGGGCGGCCUUUGCGCGGGCGCUGGGGCAGCGUGGCGGGGGCGGAGAAGCUCAUCAUGCGCGCCAAGACCUUUAUCGGCGCAGUCUUCAGGCGGGCCUUCGGCAAGGACGAGGCGGGGCCACCGCCGUUAGCAAAGGCGAAGGCCAAGGCCAACGCCAAGGGGGCCGCCAAGGCGGCCGCCAAGAAAAGGCCCGCAAAGGUCGGCGAGGACGAGGAGGCCGCCUAUAGGCAGCAACAGGGCGACUGGAGGGGCACCGCGGUCCAAAUGACUGGCGAUUCCAUGUGGCUGGCGCUGGUUCACAUAUCCUACAUCGCGAAGGAGCCCAUCACCACGUACUUGUACUCCGCGCAGAAGAAGAAGGCCGCGCUUCUGCGACGGGAGAGGGGUGGCCUGACGAGCGUCAACGGCGACUUCGCGGCGAAGGUGCGCGACCUGUUCAGGGCCGACUGGGAGCAGAUGCGGGCCUCUGGUCAGUGCGGCGCCAGGCUCUACGCGUUCUUGCUCGUCUGGAGAAGCCGUCUGCCCCACGAUACGCAAGACUUGGAAGGGGCGAACUCGGUGCUCCAGCGGAUGGCAAAGUUGGCGCCCAACCUUCACAUCCCGCUGGCCUCAGACCGCCUCCGCCUCAAGCUCGGGACACCAAUUGCGGCUUCCGAUUGCGUGGACCUUCACCCAGCCAUCAUGGGCCACAUCGGCAAGCAGGGGUACCAGGAUCGAUUCCAGCCGCACGUGGUUGCAGAUAUGCCAGCAGGGGCUGACGCGCCGCCGCCGCCCGCGCUGCCGCGCUACGACGCCGCAGUUCGGGCAGCCGCGAGAUACGCCCAUGCCGCGGGGCCGCUCAUGCACGACUUCGUCGACACGGCGUUCACGUUCUCGGAGGACGCGGGUGGCGAGAGGGUGGCCUUCUUAAUGUGCUGGAGCUACCAUUCGAAAGUGUCCUGCGCCACUGGCAAGCUGCGCCCGUUGGAGGACGGCUCGCAGUUCUUCCACUUAGACCGCCCCGCCCGCAUCGUGCCGCUGACGGAGGACAUCGGCGAGAUGGCGAUGAUCGGUAAAGGCAAGGGCAAAGCGGGAGCCCACGCCGUCUUGGCCGUCCGAUCAGGCCCCCUGGAAUGGGUAUCGCUGGACCGCGCCAAAUUCGGCGAUGAGGCCGUUAUCGAAGUCAAGCCGAAGCCGCCCAAGAGGGACCGCCACGGACGCCCACUCGACGAUGGCCUCGAGGACUUCAUCGGGGCGGCGAUGGGUGACGUCAUGGAAGAUGACGAGGACGAGUACGCGGGGCCCAUUGGCGGCGGCGUGGGCGUAGACGACGAGCUGGGGGCGAAGCCAGAGGAUGAGGAGCUCGACGACGGGGGCCAG